AGCAACUCUUUAACAAUUUCAUGGUUGUUUCGACAGGUAUUAUCGGGCCGCAAUGGGUCCUCUUACUCUGGCAGUCAAUUCGGAGAGCUUUGCCGGAGCUUCUUCAUCAGAUGCAUGUAGCAAGAAAUUUCAGAAUGUUACUAUGGCAAAGCGGAAGUCUUUUGCAUCUGUCAGCAUGCAGGACGAUAAGCCAUUUGAUUUCUUACGUACUUUAUUUGAGGGUGUUAUAGCAGGAGGUACAGCUGGUGUUGUUGUUGAAACAGCUUUAUAUCCCAUUGAUACUAUAAAGACAAGAUUGCAGGCUGCUCGUGGUGGAGGGAAAAUAGUCUUGAAGGGACUUUAUUCUGGAUUGGCUGGAAAUCUUGCUGGUGUAUUACCGGCUUCUGCAAUUUUUGUUGGAGUUUAUGAACCUACAAAGCAGAAAUUGUUAAAGAUGUUUCCUGAAAAUCUAAGCGCUUUAGCUCAUUUUACUGCGGGGGCUUGUGGAGGCAUUGCGGCUUCGCUCAUUCGUGUUCCAACGGAGGUUGUAAAGCAAAGGAUGCAAACGGGGCAAUUCACAUCCGCCUCUGCUGCUGUUCGCCUUAUUGCUGCUAAGGAGGGCUUCAAAGGACUCUAUGCGGGAUACGGAUCAUUUUUGUUGCGAGAUUUGCCAUUUGAUGCAAUUCAAUUUUGUCUAUAUGAGCAGCUUCGGAUAGGUUAUAAAGUGGCGGCAAAGAGAGAGCUCAACGAUCCUGAGAAUGCUAUAAUUGGAGCUUUUGCAGGUGCAUUAACUGGAGCUAUAACCACUCCCCUUGAUGUGAUUAAAACCAGACUAAUGGUACAGGGAUCUGCCAACCAGUACAAAGGAAUUGUUGACUGUGUUCAGACUAUUGUGAGGGAAGAAGGACCUCCCGCUCUUUUGAAGGGUAUUGGACCAAGAGUGCUGUGGAUAGGGAUUGGCGGUUCAAUCUUUUUUGGUGUUCUCGAGAGAACAAAGCGCUUGCUUGCUCAGAGACGACCAACAGUUGGUGAAGACACGAAGCAGGACUAACUUGUAGAUUAACUAAGGGAUCCUUUAUGUUCUUCACUUUUAGUGUGUGAAAUGCCUUCGGCAUUAAAAUUACUUCUUGGGUGGUAGUUUGAAAAUCUUGCCAUCAGCUUUGAUAGGCUUUUAUAAUGUCUUGUUAUUUCUUUUUUUUUUUUUUAAUUUUUUCUGUACAAAGAGCCAAAAUUGUCAUUAGCUUGUACCAGAAAGUGAAUAAUUUUAUUACUGGUCGAACACAUUUCCAUUUCCUUCAUUGUUAUAUAAAUUUCCUUUGCACCUUUUUCUUUUUCCA